CUUCCCUUUCCGUGAAAGGUUGCAAAAGACGUCGAUUGCAGUGAAAACGUAAACAAAACACGAAUUUGUAAAAUCUGGUUCCUAUUUAUGAUUAAUGGCGGUCAAGAAAGAUACAAAGCAGUCAUCACACAAGUCAAAUAGUGGUUUAUAAAAAUAACGUAUCAGGAAAUCCGUGGAGAUCUACAGAAUUCAAAAUACAUGAGAAAUGGUAUCUGAUGCUCUAGAACUGUUCAAAAUAUAGAUACAAGUUUGCUACAUAAAAAAUACAGUCAUGUACAAGUUUGUAAUACACAUGUAUAAACACAUCAUCUGUGGAACGUUUAGUAAAUUGCUCAUGUAUAGCUUGAAAAAAGUGGCUAUUUCUAACUUUAAAAUGGCAGUGCUACCAACUGAGAACAAAUGUUUUAGUCUUGCCAUGUAAAAAUGACUUUGUGAAUACAUUUCUGAUGAGGUCAAAAUUGCAUCAAAAUUAGAAAUGGAGAAAAAAAAUCUGCCAAAAGAAGAAAUCAAAUGUAAAAUAUGUAGUCAAAGUUUCUCAUCUUUAUCCGACGUAAAAUCUCAUUUAGAAAAUCACCUCAAUAACAAUUAUUGUGAAAUCUGUCGAAAAACCUUCAAAAAUAAACAAACUUUACAUAAGCACAUUGUUGAUCAUUUAAAUAACGAUAAAGAUACUACAACAAGAUACGAAUGUUCUUACGAAGGUUGUAGAAAAUAUUUUAAAAGUGAAAGAAAUUUAAACCAUCAUCAGAAGAGACACAAUGUUAACAAAUCCUUCAAGUGUUCAAAAUGUACAAAAUCUUUUACGAGUAACUCGUUGCUUCAGAAGCAUUUGAAAAGUCAUAUGAACAUUGAUGUGGUAAAAAAGUUUCCAUGUUCAAUUUGCGAUCAUGUGAGUUUAACGGCCAAUCAUUUAAGGCAACACAUGAGAAUCCAUUCUGGUGUUCGACCAUAUAAAUGUGAUGUUUGUGAUAAAUCAUUUAACCAAAAACCAAAUUUAACUCGACAUGUGCGAAUUCAUACCGGGGAGAAGCCUUAUAUAUGUGAAAUCUGUGGCCGAGCAUUUAUAGAAAGUGGCAAAUUAACAAAACAUCAUCGAGUUCAUUUGGGACUGAAAAACUAUCAAUGCACAGAAUGUGGUAAACAAUUCGCAGAGAAUAGAAAUUUAACGCAACAUCUUCUGAUUCAUUCUGGGGAGAAACCACACAAAUGUGUGACAUGUGACCGCUCGUUUCGAUUCAUCAGUGAUUUACGGGAACAUAAAUUGGUUCAUACCGAAAUUAAAUCCUUUCUGUGUUCUGUUUGUGGACGAGCCUUUAAGUCAAAUAGAAAUCUAAAAACACACAUUAAGACUUUACAUAAAUCCGAAAAAUUGUGUAGUAGUUCAAUAGUUGGACAUGGUGCACCGACAGAAGGUCAGUCCACAUCGACUGUCCGGGAUGAUAAAAUAAAUCUCCCGACACCAAAUGUUGGUAAAAGUGACGAGUUUGCUCAAGCUCAAACCAGUACUGUGUUAGGUACCCAGACACCUCCAGUCCGGAAUAUUUCAGUUACUGAUGUUUCGAACCAUGUAACAAAUUCUUCUUCUUUGGAAUUUACUACAUCCAAUUCCAAUCAGCCAUCGUUAUCAGUAUCAGAUGUUAUUUGUCUGGAUCAGUCCAGUUCUAGUUUAGUGCCAACACCAUGUCCCUGGACAACCACUUCCCAGACUCAGCAACACCCGCAGCAAUAUCUAAUGAACUCUGGCCAAAACUUUGACUCCUUUUCUUCCCAAGAUAACAAUCCUACUCAUCUUCAAUGUACAACAUCUUCCAAUCAGAUCUUCCCUACUACAACUAUGGGAUCAGGUCACCCAAUGCCAAAUUCGUCCAAUCAGAUCUUCCCUACUACAACUACAAUGCCAGUUUCGUCCAAUCGGAUCUUCCCUACUACAACUACAGGAUCGGGUCACGCAAUGCCAGAUUCGUCCAAUCAGAUCUUCCCUACUACAGCCACAGGAUCGGGUCACGCAAUGCUAGUUUCAUCCAAUCAGAUCUUCCCUACUACAACUACAGGAUCGUGUCACCCAAUGCUAGUUUCAUCCAAUCAGAUCUUCCCUACUACAACUACAGGAUCGUGUCACCCAAUGCUAGUUUCAUCCAAUCAGAUCUUCCCUACUACAACUACAGGAUCGUGUCACCCAAUGCCAGUUUUGUCCAAUCAGAUCUUCCCUACUACAACUACAAUGCCAGUUUCAUCCAAUCAGAUCUUCCCUACUACAACUACAGGAUCAGGUUACCCAAUAUCUGUAUCGGUGUAUGAUGAUUAUAACCACUCUUCCAACAAGCAACCCAUUUUACUUCAUUCAAGUUAUGGACAGUUUCAGGUUAAUGACCAUGUUAUAUUAGAUAUUUCAAACUCUAACCCAGGCCAGCACCAUCAUCUACCUCAUCUACAGGGUAUUUCCAUCUCUAAUCCAGGGCAUCAUCAUCAUCAGCGACCUCAUCCACAAGCCCAGGUUCUGUCUACAAAUAUUCAUACUGAUGAUCCUGGUAAUCCGGAUUAUGUCCAGACCUCUCAUCAUAUCACCCACCCUCCAGAAGUUCCUGUAUUAGAUGAAGAAUACCUGACUAGACUACAGUCAGCUAAAGCCUUAUUGAAUGUUGGAGAGUCUUGUCUGAGAUCGCAGUUAGUGCCAAAUGUCUAUUGUCAUGGGUACCAAGUGAACCAAACAUUUCCUGGAGGUAAUCCACCAGAACUAACUGUAACAAGUGGCAUAACUGCAUCAUCAUUGACAUCAUUUACUAAUAACCCAGAUAUCGGUGCGUCAUCAGCUACUCGUAAUUCAUCUUGUAAGCUAUACGAAAAUGAAGACGCUCAGCUUCUUGUAUCAAGUCAAGCAACAGAUCCAGUAGAUGGACUAGAGAAGAAUCAUCAUGAAAACGAACAUCACAAUUUUGAGUCUGUCCAUAUUCAAAACACAUUAGUAAAAGGCGAUAAUCUAUGCCAUGCCAUCACAUCGUCUAACCAACUGCUAAAUCAUGUAAAAAGUCUCCAGGAGUCCCAGAGUUCUGAUUUAUUUCCUGCUGGCACACCCCAUUAUGACGUCGCUAGUGAAACAGCCAAACCAUUACCAAUGGAAGAUCUUGACACAUCUUUAAAGAAUAACAUUUUGGCAAUAGCACCUUUGCCAGGAUAUGAUAAACUCCAAGGAUGUGAUUCGGGUACUGCUUCUGCUAGUUCUUAUAAUGGAAGUAAGGAUAACAAUUCAGUUAUUCAAGUAUCAUCCCCUUUCCCGCUUUCCCCGAUGAAUUCUAGAGAUGAAGGUGGGGAUUCUGAUCCAGGGAUGGACAGCAAGCUUAUAACCGACCAAAAGAGCGUGGACGAAUCUUUUACGUUUCCUGUUGGUGUCGAUGAGGAUGACAAGCAUUGUACCAGAAAAGAUAACACCCAGUCAAGUAAUGAUGAUACAGAGAGUGUCGCGAGAAGUCCUAAAGGUGCAAGAUGCCCCAGUCGAAUAACACGUUCCCAGACGUCGUCUAAUAAAAAAUUAAAGAAUAAACUGUGUUCGGAUAUCAAUAAAAACAAAACUAAAGGUGGAAAAAUUCGUUCUAGAAAAAUAAAGACCACCGAAUCUACCAAUGUAAAUAAUUUAACCGUUGAUAUGUUAGACGUGUUUCUAGAAAAGGUAGAAAUGACUAAUAAAUCGAGUCAACAGAUAGAAGAACAACCAGACGUCCGUGUUGAGGAAUUAAAGUGUCCUGUUUGUUGUAAAUUAUUCCAACAUAAUGGUUCUUUAUCUCAGCAUCUUCGAUCCCACACGGAUGAUUUCAACAACAGUUUAAUACAGUGUACGAUUUGCUUCAAGAAUUUUUCCAAGAAAUCGAAUCUCACCCAGCAUAUGAAGAUCCAUGAGGGAAUCAAACCGUUUAAUUGUGACUCUUGCGGUAAAAGUUUCCUAUUAAAACGCUCGCUGUUUUCACACCAGAAAGUUCACAGUGAGGAUAAACCCUUCUCGUGUAAAACAUGUGGUCGGGGUUUUAAAUUUCAACGAGAUUUAGUGAAUCAUUCUCGAAUCCAUUCUGGAGAUAAACCAUACCUGUGUUCACACUGUGGGAAAUCUUUCUCGUUGAAUUCCUCGUUAAACCGACAUUUUAGAACCCACAACGGUGCCUUACCUUACAGAUGUAAUAUAUGUGGACGGUGUUUCUCACAAAAUGGUAACAUGCAUCAGCACAUGCGCACACAUAGAAUAUCAGAAUAGUUGUAACCAAGUCGGGCAUCUAUGGAACACUGGGUACAGUAUGGUAAUAAUGCGUGAUUUGAAUUUUUACGGAGAAUAUAUUUAUCACGACUUGAUCCACGGAAUGCUCAGUCGAUGCACUUGAUGCAGGAAAGUAACGCUAAAACAAAUUUCAUUCAGUCAUUUAAUCCCGGCUAAUAUAUACUCAAAUUAAUAAAAAAAAAAAUCAAAAUAUAAACACCAGAUAUAGCCACUUGUCUUGAGUUCUCAAUCGGUUUUAAAACAAGUCAAUCAGUUCACGGCGAAACAAAUGGCGGUGCUCUUGUUAUCAAGGAAGCAGCAUAGAUGGAUGAAUUCUCAACGGAAUUGAACCAUUUUUGUACAGAAAUUCCUGUGGAGAUUCAUCUGUCACAAUGCAGUAGUGUGUGUGAGUUAGUUGUAUUUUACGUAUGCUUUCAUCGAGGUGAUAUCGCAGACAAGUUGAUGUAGUUUGCAAGGGAUUCAAUUUAUAGCUAAAAUCCCGGUGUUUUUCGAGAAAGUUACUGAGAAUUUCCUGUGUUGUUUCCAUGCAGGAUGAGAGUGUGACAUGGAACAUUACAAGGAAAUUGUUUGGUUCUAUAUUUUAACCAUUCAUUGAUUAUAGAUAUGAUCAAGUUAUAUUAUCUUAUAAUAAAUUGUAACCAU